AACAAUGUAUACAUACAUACGUACAUAAUAAAAUUACAAGAUAUAUGAAAAUUAUAAUAAAAAUUAUAAUAAAAAUAUAGAUAUAAUAUAUGACAUAUAACAUGUAAAAAUGUUAAAUAUUCUGGUUGAUUUCAUUGACCGUAGUUCUCAUUUACAUUAUCACAUUCAUCAGUUUGCUGUGGUAUUAAAAUUUCAACCAGGUAAUCUGAAAUACAGUAGAGCUUCCGGUAUCAAAGCAAACAGGGGGACAAUACACUUCGGAUGUGGGAACAAUCACUUUCAUAUGAAAUUUUAUUUAUUCAAAUACAGAUUAAGAUUGAUUGACACUUCCUUUAAAUAUCUAUGAAUUCCAUAUCUUCUUGCUUGUUAAGUCACAUAAUUCUUUUACUUUUUUUAAACACUGUUUGUCGAGAAAUUAUGGCAAAUAUAAUAUCUAUGAAAUCUAAUCUAUGGAAAAUAUUAGAACUGAAAGUGUGAAAACCCUGUAACAUGGAUGCAAUCAAUAAAGAAACGAAUGAAAAUGGGACCAAUGAAGGAUUCAAUAAGACGAACUCUCUCGAGGAAUUCUACGCCACUAGUGGGAUCAUUCUAACUGGAGCAACCGGUUUCGUUGGAAAAGGUCUCCUGGAAAAACAUAUCCGCAUGUGUCCACGCAUCGCUGCCAUUUUUAUACUACUUCGCCCAGAAACUAACAAAACGAUAGAACAACGAUUUACGAAACUCAUAGAUGAUCCCGUUCGUAAAUGUUAUUCUUGUUUUUUUCAAUAUUUAAGCCUGUCAGGAGCCAAAUCGAAACAUCCCUCAGUUUUGAGCAAAGUUUACCCUGUGAAAGGUGACGUGAUUCUACCGGAUUUAAAUCUUUCGCGAUAUGAUAAAAAUCUGUUGUUAGAGGAAGUAAACAUAGUGUUUCACGUCGCGGCCACUGUCAGAUUUAGCGAGCUGUUGCACGUGGCUGUUAAUGUGAAUACCAAAGGUACUGGUCGUGUUAUCGAACUUUGGAACGAACUGAGGCAUCCAAUUAGCUUCGUCCACGUUAGCACAGCUUAUAGUAAUGCGAAUCUACAUGAGAUCGAGGAGAAAGUUUAUACGUAAGAAUAAAUUAUAUGCAAACGUUGUUCCAUGAUUUACGAAUAUUAGAUUUAUAAUUUUAGCGUGAAGAACAGGUUCACUUCUUAUUGACUUUGCAGUACGAGCGUCAAACCUUCAGAGGUGAUCGAUAU